UUGUGGUGUCUUUGAACUGAUAAAAAUAUUUGGAAAAGUUUGCAUGUCAGGUUCAUGCCUGCUCUGUGAGCUUGUGAAAGGUGAGAGAGAUUGCAAGAAAGCUAUUCAUAAUUUGCAGAAUUUGGGUUGGUUGUUGAGGUUUUUUUUCCUCCAUAGCAAAACCACUAAGAUGGUCUGUGUUGAGGUAUCGCUUUAUCUUGACCACAUUUUUUUUACUAAAUCUUCACUCAAAAUACUUUAAUGAAGAGAAAAAUGUUUGGUUUUGAUAGGUGCUUCCCAGUUAAUAAAGUUGAAGUUAAAUUUAUGGAGGCAUAUCAGUGCUUUUGGUAUGUGUAAUCUCUCAAAAACAUUAUCUUUCAAAAGAUAACAUCAUGACUAAGUCCAGAAGAAACCCAUAAAUCCUGAAAUUAUGAGUGGAUACAGCUGCAGUACCAUACUGCUCUUGCUGCAUUCCAGCUACCCCCACAAGUGGUGGGACAAACAGAAAAAUACAGAGUAACUUCUAAGGAAAAAAUUAUUAUAGGGAGCAAGGAAAGUAGCUGUAAGGUCAAGGCUGAAGGAUGGAAGGUUUCCACAAACAGAGGGAUUAAGGGAAUAACUGUAGAUAUAUAUCCAUACUGGUACAGAGGGAUAGCCAAAGUGCCAAUGUAUAGACGGGGAGGGCAGCAUGAAAGUGCUGUAUUUCAUUGCUCUCUCUACCUUACAAACCAGCAGUAUGCUGUGGGACAAUUUCUUUCUGAUGAGCUGUCACCAUCUAAACUAUAUAGGAAGGCUGGAGUGGAAAAAACAGAUGGCACACAGGGAAAAGCAAGUGACAUCGUUCAUCUCUGUCUGAUUUCUUUACCCUUCAUACAGAAUUUGGUGGGUGGGGGAGAAUAAAAGCCCAGAUGGGACUCUUCUCCAUUCCCACACCGUCCUCCCUGCCCUAGGAAAUCUCACGAGACUCCUUCAACUUCUCACACAAGCUAUUGGUAGAAAAAAGAUUUUCCAUCAUUCCUGAGCAUCUCAAGUGACUGGCUUGAAAAGGCAUUUUUCCUGUGAGGAAGAGAGAUUAACACAGCAGUGCAGAGAGAAGAGGCACUGAAAGAAGUACAGUUCUGUAGGUGCAUAGUCCCCAUGGACCAUUGGCAUCAGGUAGAGUGACCCACCUGGUACAGCCCUCCCAGCCUGCUUGGCCGCUUGCCUGGCUCUGCCGAGUUGCAUUGAGCGCUGCCCAAAGGUAUGUCAGAGUAAACAAGGAGACAUUCCCUGUGAGCAGACAGCGUGCGAAACCAAUGGUGUGCCUUCAAACUCCAGGCCUGCAUAGUGAUGGCUUUAUUGCAAAUCAGUCAUUGGAUUUAAGUCAUGUUUUAAACAGCUUUAUUCAUAGACUGUGGAGCUGGAAAGCAAGUGGUGUUUUAGGAAGCAAUAGUUAAGGGGACAACCUGGCAGUGCUGUGCCAACAACAGACAACUACCUUUCUGAAAAAGUCUUGUUGCAGCUGGGCUGCAAAGGUCUGUGUCCAGUUUACACUCAGAGCCGGGACGACAGCACUGAAAAGGUCUGAACCAGAAAAACUUCUCCUAUGAGCUGGCCCAAAAGGUGCUUGCAGUUCAAAAGAAGAAGUAGUUCUUUGUCAUGAAACGCAAAAGGGGUGAAGUGAAGAAGUGAAGCCUCCCAGCUGAACUACUAUGAGGUCAGAAGCCUUGCUGCUAUAUUUCACACUGCUACACUUUGCUGGGGCUGGUUUCCCAGAAGAUUCUGAGCCAAUCAGUAUUUCGCAUGGCAACUAUACAAGACAAUAUCCGGUGUUUGUGGGUCACAAACCAGGGCGGAACACCACGCAGAGGCACCGGCUGGACAUCCAGCUGGUCAUGGUCAUGAACAGGACCCUCUACGUUGCUGCUAGGGACCAUAUUUAUACUGUUGAUAUGGACACAUCACAUACAGAAGAAAUCUAUUUUAGCAAAAAAUUGACAUGGAAAUCUAGACAAGCUGAUGUAGACACAUGCAGAAUGAAGGGAAAACAUAAGGAUGAGUGUCAUAAUUUUAUUAAGGUUCUCCUAAAAAGAAGUGAGGAUACACUGUUUAUCUGUGGAACAAAUGCAUUCAACCCUUCUUGCAGGAACUACAAGAUGGAUACCCUGGAAGUUCUGGGAGAUGAAUUCAGUGGGAUGGCCAGGUGCCCCUAUGAUGCAAAGCAUGCCAAUGUUGCGUUGUUUGCAGAGGGAAAGCUGUAUUCUGCUACAGUGACCGACUUCCUUGCAAUAGAUGCAGUCAUAUACCGGAGCCUUGGAGACAGCCCAACUCUGCGGACAGUUAAACAUGACUCAAAGUGGUUGAAAGAACCAUACUUUGUCCAGGCAGUGGACUAUGGCAAUUACAUUUACUUCUUCUUCCGAGAAAUAGCAGUGGAGUACAACAGCAUGGGAAAGGUAGUUUUCCCAAGGGUGGCUCAGGUUUGCAAAAAUGACAUGGGAGGAUCUCAGAGAGUGCUGGAAAAACAGUGGACUUCCUUUCUCAAGGCUCGUUUGAACUGCUCAGUUCCUGGCGAUUCGCACUUCUACUUUAACAUACUCCAGGCAGUUACAGAUGUUAUCCAUUUCAAUGGUCGGGACGUUGUUUUAGCAACCUUCUCCACUCCAUAUAAUAGCAUCCCCGGCUCUGCAGUCUGUGCCUAUGACAUGCUUGACAUUGCCAAUGUAUUUACUGGGAGGUUCAAAGAACAAAAGUCUCCAGACUCAACGUGGACACCAGUUCCUGACGAACGAGUGCCCAAGCCCAGGCCUGGUUGCUGUGCUGGCUCGACAUUGUUAGAAAAAUAUGUAACCUCUAACGAGUUCCCGGAUGAUACUCUGAACUUCAUCAAAACACAUCCUCUGAUGGACGAGGCUGUACCUUCCAUUGUCAAUCGACCCUGGUUCCUGAGAACAAUGGUCAGAUACCGCCUGACCAAAAUUGCUGUGGACUCCGCUGCUGGGCCAUAUCAGAACUACACCGUGGUUUUCCUGGGAUCAGAGAAGGGAAUCAUCCUGAAGUUCUUGGCACGGACAGGAAACAGUGGUUUCCUAAAUGACAGCCUUUUCCUGGAGGAGAUGAACAUUUACAAUCCUGAAAAGUGCAGCUACGACGGCGUGGAGGACAAGCGCAUCGUGGGCAUGCAGCUUGACAAGCCCAGCAGCGCCCUAUAUGUUGCCUUCUCCACCUGUGUCAUCAAGGUUCCCCUGGGACGUUGUGAGCGUCAUGGCAAAUGCAAAAAGGCCUGCAUAGCAUCCAGAGACCCGUACUGCGGAUGGAUGAAGGAGAGCAGGGUGUGCACACAGCUGGUCCUUGGCUCCAAACUGACAUUUGAACAGGACAUAGAACAUGGCAAUACAGAUGGACUGGGUGACUGCCAAAAUUCCUUCGUAGCCCUGAAUGACAUCUCAACUGCUUCACCUGAUCAUGAAAUGUCUUACGACACAGUGUAUGGACACUCCAGUUCCCUAGUCCCAAGCACCACCACUUCCGACUCUCACGCUCGACAGGGUUAUGAUGCUAGGGGACGCAUGCUGGAUUGGAAGGAUCCGCUUGGUUCAUCUGAAAAUACAGAUCCAUAUGUGGCAGUUUCAUCCCAUAAUCAUCAAGACAAGAAGGGAGUGAUUCGUGAGAGUUACCUGAAGGGUCAUGAUCAGCUGGUGCCGGUCACCCUCUUGGCCAUUGCUGUUAUUCUUGCUUUUGUCAUGGGGGCCGUCUUUUCGGGCAUCAUUGUGUACUGCAUCUGCGACCACCGCCGCAGAGAUGUGGCAGUUGUGCAGAGGAAGGAAAAGGAACUGACCCACUCCCGCCGUGGCUCCAUGAGCAGCGUUACCAAGCUCAGUGGCCUCUUUGGGGAUGCUCAGUCCAAGGAGCCAAAGCCUGAAGCUAUCCUCACGCCUCUGAUGCACAAUGGCAAGCUGGCUACCCCAGGUAGCACUGCCAAGAUGCUAAUCAAAGCUGACCAGCACCAUCUGGACCUGGCUGCCCUGCCAACCCCUGAGUCCACCCCAACCCUGCAACAGAAGAGAAAGCCCAGCCGUGGCAGCAGGGAAUGGGAGAGAAACCAGAACCUCAUCAAUGCCUGCACGAAAGAUAUCCCCCCAAUGGCCUCUCCCGUGAUCCCAACUGACUUGCCACUCAGGGCUUCUCCUAGCCACAUUCCCAGCGUUGUGGUCCUGCCCAUAGCCCAGCAAGGCUACCAGCAUGAGUAUGUUGACCAGCCAAAAAUGAGUGAUGGGGCUCAGAUGUCUAUGGAGGACCAGAACGCCACCCUUGAGUACAAAACAAUCAAGGACCAUCUCAGUAGCAAAAGCCCCAGCCACGGGGUUAACCUGGUGGAAAAUCUCGACAGCAUGCCACCAAAAGUACCCCAGCGGGAAGCUUCUCUCGGGCCCCCAAGCGCCUCAUUGUCACAGAGUGGCCUGAGCAAGCGGCUGGAGAUGCACUCUUCUGCUUACAACGUGGACUACAAGAGAAGCUACCCUACAAACUCGCUCACAAGAAGCCACCAGACGUCGACCCUCAAAAGAAACAACACUAACUCUUCUAACUCGUCCCACCUCUCCCGCAAUCAGAGCUUCGGCCGAGGUGAUAAUCCACCGCCGGCCCCGCAGCGAGUGGACUCCAUACAGGUCCACGCUGCCCAGGCACAGGCUGUGACUGUAUCUCGGCAGCCAAGUCUUACCACCUACAAUUCGCUGACGAGGUCAGGGUUGAAACGCACACCCUCGCUAAAGCCAGAUGUACCUCCCAAACCUUCCUUUUCUCCACUCUCCACGUCCAUGAAGCCCAACGAUGCAUGUACAUAAUCAGAGUGGGGUGGGGGGGAUGAUGGCAAUUAAGCAGAGGUUGCCCUCAAAAUCCAGUGUUCUGCAACUGUUAUUGCUUGCUCCUCUGAGAAGAUGGUUGUUGUAAGCUGAAGAUGUGUUGAAUUUCUGCUCUCUGGGAAAAGUGGAAUAUUUUUUUAAACCCGAGCUAUAUGACUCAUGGUUGAAGGUUUGCAAUUGCAGGACUUGCCCCCACAACCCACCAGUUCUUUGCUCAAAAGAGUAACCCUCCAUCGCAAAUAUUGAGCCAAAAGCACACAGGUGAAAGAUGACUGUGACAUUUCACCCCCUGCCCCCAACUGCACAGUGCAUUCCUGAACUGGGAAAGAGUGCUCUGAAAAGCAAAACAAAUAAUUACAAAAACAAAUUUAAAAAGUACAAAAAAUAAAUUAAAAAGGAGAAAAAAGAAUCCAUUGACAAAGCUAACUCUGACUUAACAAUGGCAGAAGUUUUCUAUGUGUAGGUACUGUGAAAUGAUGCCCAUCAGUGUUACAGCCACUUGGUUACAGCAGUUAAAUGCCGUGUUGGGCAAACUAUGUCAUAGAUUUCUGCUACCCUUCUCUUUUAACGAGUAACACGUGACUGUUAAUGCAAGUAACUCCUCUUAUUUAUUGUUCAACUUUCUUUUUUCCUAAAGAAAUGACUUCUGUAUAUCAUCCUGAGAGCAGCUCUUCAGAGAAGUACCUUGAAAGCUAUACCUAUUUAACGUGAAACCCAUUAACUGGAGUAAUUAAAACUCUUUUAUUUUUCCAGUAAAUUCACUGAGUUAGGUAAGUUGGAGCUGGAAUUCUGAACUUUGUGCCUGGACUGCCUGAUUAGCUGAAAAAAGAAAAAAAAAAAAAAAAAGGGGAUAUCUAUUUAAGUCUCUCAGCUAAUUAGCUGGCUGGGCCUCUGACCUAAGACAGCGACAAACAAAUACCGCGAGUUCAUAACUUCUAAAGCAACUGCAAGAGAAACUCUUUAAAAGCUGCACAUUUGUGCACCAUUGCUAUCAACAUGGCUUUGUCAGUAGCUAAUACUUUCUGUGAAGGCACCAGCUUGUGAUGUGCCAUCUCAUUUCACCUUGCAUGUGAGACGGCAAACAAAAUCCUCAAACAGUGUGAACUAGUUAAUAUGCCGGCUGUUACCAUGCAUAAAUUAUGGUCUUAUCACACGGGUUUUUCGUGGGAAAUAUAUCUGUGAAUAGCCUGUUUUCUUCCACAUGUAAAUUUGUGCCUUACACCCUCAGUUGUGUAUACUUGUGAGCUGUAGUAUGUAAAAACCUUUUUCUUUUUCCCCUUUGAGUAAUGCAAAUAUUUAUUGAUCCUUCCUCCUCCAAGCCCUUUAAAGAACUGGAGUAAAGACAUAGAAAGAAGAACGUGGUGGUUAUUGUCAUAACCCCAUGUCCCUCAAGAAAUUAGGCUAGCACCAUAUCUUCCAUUUCAGUUUGACUUUAUAGCUGUGCCAAGUCCUCUCUCAAAACCACCUACAAGCGGUGACGCUCCCAAGGCACCAUGCUAGGAGUUCCGCCUUCCUCCACCUCCUGCUCCGCCUUUACUGCCUGUCAGCAUGGCAAUCAUUCUCAGUGGGCAGCAGGGAAGUUACCAACACCCUUGUCCACAGGGCUGGUGUGUUCCCUGGCCAGUGUGUUCCCCUUUGUCCAUGAGAGCUGGGGACAGAGGCCAGCCCUGCAGAAAGCCUGGCCGCGCAUCCUGCAGCACGCAGGGCUCAAGGAGCAAGGACAGGCUGGCAGGCUCCUGCUGUGGCUACCUGCUGCUCCAGAAGGAUGCUGCAUAUACUUCUUUGGGGAAAAAUGGCUUUGCUUUUUUUUACAUUUGUUUCUUUUGUGUGACUGUGCAUGUAGCUAGUGUGGGAGUGUGCGUGCACACAGGUGUGUGCGUGUGUGUGUGCACGCCAGUGUGCAAGUUUCUUUCCAGUCUUUCGGUUUAUGCAAAAACGUAGACGUGUUUUUAAUCUGUUACAAUAACUGUGUCAACAUACUGUAGAAAAAAUGAUGGGGAUCGCUUCUAAGCUUUUUAUAUAUAUAUAUCUACUGAACAGUAUGUUUGAGUAAGAUGGUUGUUUCUGUUUCAAUUUGUUUUUUAAAAUUUUAUACUUCCAUUUGUUUUUCAGGGCUUUGGUUUUGUUUCUGAAUGAUUGAAAAGACAGAUUUUAAGUCCAUUAGCUUAUAGAUGGUAUAUAUAAAGUCUGGAUGGUCUAGACCAAAGUGUGUAACAAGGGUGUUUGCAUGUUCUUUCAUUUCAUCACGGCUUCUUUUAUGAAACAGUUUUGUUCACCCCUAGUGAACUAUGCAGACUGGAGUAGAUAGAUUGGUAUCCAAACCAAUGUUGUUGUUUUAAUAAAAAGAAACAGAAGACCCUUUGAAAACAAUAGGUAGCAAGGUCAUUUUUUAAAAAGAACCAACUCACAACCUUUUUACCAAGCUCCAAACCACUGGAGCACCAAACGCGCAGGUGCCCUUGAUAUUACCCGAAAAGGUGUUCUCCCAAAACAUAGAGAUGAAUAAUCAUGGCAACAGCUUAUGCAGUGAUCUGCCUUCACAAUGUACACCACACUGGUUACUGGGUUGACCUGGAAACAUGUAUUUUGUACUUGGUGGAUCUUCUGCUUUUGUCCUUUCCCUCCCCAGUUCCCUUCCACCCUCUGUUUCGAGGAGUUCAUGAACCUACGUGUGCCUUUGCUUUCCACCCUUGCUAUACACUGGUAGAUGCAACAAAUUCAGACUUUCAUUUGUUGUAAAGUUGUAAAGUAUUGUGAUGUCACCAGUUUCCCUUCAUUUCCACAUCCCCCUAACAUCUGAUUCACAACUUAAUAUAUGUUGUAAAAAAAAUAAAAAAGUUUAAAAAAAACUUAAAAAAAAAGGCAAGAAAGAAAGAAAAGGAGGAGGAAGACACAAGAGGAAAUAAAAACUCUUGAUUACAUAUGGUAAUAAAACCAGACUGUUCUACCUUA